UGGAAAAAUGGCAGCUGAGACAGGGAGAUACAGGAGUGCAGUCAGCAAAAACAAAGACCCCUCUGGUCUUCUUAUCUCUGUCAUAAGGACUCUGUCCAGCAGUGAUGAUGUGCAGGACAGGGAGACAGAGAAGGGUCGUUUGGAAGAGGCCUUUGAGACAUGUGACAGGGAUUUAGAUGAGCUGAUUGUUCAGCAUUAUGCCGAACUCACCACUGCCAUCAGGACCUACCAGAGCAUCACAGAGCGCAUCACCAGCUCCCGCAACAAGAUCAAACAGGUGAAAGAGAACCUCUUGUCAUGUAAGAUGCUGCUCCACUGCAAAAGGGACGAGCUGAGGAAGCUGUGGAUAGAGGGCAUCGAACACAAGCACGUCCUCCAGCUGCUGGAUGAAAUCGAAAGCAUCAAGCAGGUGCCUCAGCGUCUGGAGGCCUAUAUGGCGAGCAAGCACUACCUUCAUGCCACAGACAUGCUGGUGUCAGCUGUUGAUUCCUUGGAAGGACCCCUGCUGCAGGUGGAGGGACUUGGAGAUCUGCGCCUGGAGCUCCACAGCAAGAAACUCAACAUUCACCUUGUGCUCAUUGAUGAGCUGCACCGACACCUCUACAUCAAGUCCACAAGUCGUCUGGGACACAAGAACAAGGACAAAAAUGCUGCUCGCCUUCCAGGCUCUGCAGCCAAAGACACAUCUCCAAUGCCUGUGUUAGAUGUCAGCAGCCUGUCCACCCCACGCAAGCUUUUGGAUUCAUCACAGUUCAGCACACCCGGAUCCAGCAGCGUGCGUGAGCUGCAACAGGAUGUGCGGGAGUUGAACCAAGCAGAUCUCCCUGAGGUGGAUCCAGAAGAGAACAGUGCUGAGUUUAUGGGCAUCCUCAUCAAGGCUCUGGCCAAGCUGAGGAAAAUCCCUGAGACCAUUAAAGCCAUAAUGGAGCGGCUGGAACCUGAGCUGAAGCAGAUUGUCAAGAGGUCCACCACUCAGAUAGCAGACCAUGCUUACCAGCGAGGAGAAAACCUGGCCCAGGAGAGCCAGCCAAGGCUGCUGCUGGAACUGCUGGAGCUUCUGUUUGAUAAGUUCAAGGCAGUGGCCCAGGCUCACAGUGUGGUGUUGGCCCACUUGCAGCAGAUCGCCGUGCAGUGUCCGGGCGGGGCCCACGAAGAGGGCAUCAAACUAUACGAGCAGGCUGAUGUCUCUGCCAAGAUCCAGACCGUGCUGCAGGUUCUGCUCAUGGAGUAUCUGGACGUGAAGAACAGCCGCAGUGCCACGGAGCCAUCGGCUCAGCUCUCCUAUGCCAGCACUGGCAGCGAGUUUGCUGCCUUUUUUGCAAAGAAAAAACCACAGCGUGCCAAGCAGUCCCUCUUCAAGUUCGAAUCAUCUUCCCAUGCCAUCAGCAUGAGUGCCUACUUGAGAGAGCAGAGGCGUGAACUCUACAGCAAGAGUGGAGAAUUACAAGGUGGUGCUGAUGACAACCUGAUUGAAGGUGGGGAAAUGAAGUUUGUGUGUAAACCAGGAGCAAGGAAUAUCACUGUCAUCUUCCAGCCUCUCCUCAGGUUCAUUCAGGAGAUAGAGAUGAACAUGGGGCCAGGUCAGGCCAAGCAGUGCCAGCUCCGAGCCUUCCUCACUUACUACAUCAAUGACCUCUUCCUCAACCAGGUGCGAACAGAGAUCAACAAGGAAAUCGAGGCAGUAAGCAAGACGGCUGACCCGCUGAAGAUCCUUGCCAGCGCUGAUACCAUGAAGGUUCUUGGUGUCCAGAGACCCCUUCUGCAGAGCACAGUGGUCGUGGAGAAGUCCAUCCAGGAUCUAAUGAGCCUGAUGCAAGAUCUGAGUGCCUACUCCAACCAGUUUCUUGAGAUGGUCUGCGACAAACUCAAAGAGUACAAGGAAAUCUGCAGCACGUCCUACAGGGCUAUCGUCCAGUGUGAGGAGAAGCUCACCAUCAGUGCUUCCUGGUCUAAGGACGAGGACAUCAGCCGUCUGCUCCAGUCGCUUCCUAACUGGGCAAACAUGGCUCAACCCAGACAGACGCGACAGAAGAGAGAGGAUGAAGAGGACUUUACUCGGGCGGCUUUUGCUAAAGAGUCGGAGGUGCUGACUGGAAACCUGGGAGACAAGUUAAUCCCCCAAAAUGAGAUCCUGCGGGACGUCAGUGACCUGAAGGCUUUGGCCAAUGUUCAUGAAAGCAUGGAGUGGCUUGCUGGUCGCCUCAAGACGUUCUUCACCAACCUGCCUCAUGCCUCCAGUGCGUCUCCAUGCUCAGCUGACAGCCAGGGGGUUGGUGAGAGCGAGCGGAGCAGGGAGCAGAUUCUGCAGACCCUCAGCGACCUGUCCAGGGGCUUCCAGGACAUUGCAGAUCGCUGUCUUCUGGUGUUGCACCUCGAAGUCAGGGUUCACUGUUUCCAUUACCUGAUCCCCCUGACUAAGCAAGGCAAUUAUGCCAUCGUGGCUAAUGUGGAGAGCAUGGACUACGACCCGCUGGUGGUCAAACUGAACAAGGACAUCUCAGCCAUAGAGGAGGCCAUGGGGGCCGCCCUGCAGCAGCACAAGUUCCAGUACAUCUUUGAAGGUUUGGGUCAUCUGAUCUCCUGUAUUCUUAUCAACGGAGCCCAGUACUUUAAGAGGAUCAGCGAGUCUGGCAUCAAGAAGAUGUGCAGGAACAUCUUUGUCCUCCAACAGAACCUCACCAACAUCACCAUGUCCAGGGAGGCCGACCUGGACUUCGCCAGGCAGUACUAUGAGAUGCUGUACAACACUGCAGAUGAGCUGCUGAAUCUGGUGGUGGACCAGGGCGUUCGCUACACAGAGCUGGAGUACAUCAACGCCCUGUCCUUACUGCAUCGCAGCCAGACAGGCGUAGGGGACCUGAGCACCCAAAACAUCCGCCUGCAGAGGCUGAAGGAGAUCAUCUGUGAGCAGGCUGCCAUCAAACAGGCCACCAAGGACAAGAAGAUCACUACAGUGUAAUGAAACAACAUGACAGAGUCCAAAAGGGGCGUCGAUCAUAAAUGUAGAAAUGCAGAUGCCUCCUUUGCUGCUGGAUCAUACUUCAAUGUCGCUGCCAUAUUUGAGCGAGCAAGACUCGUCAGUAAAAAGGGGAGCUACACUUUUCUGAAGUAAUGUUUGUAUUUCUAAACUAAUGCAAUGAAUCACUUUAUUAUUCAUGGGUGUAUGAUCCAUGUGUAUUAGGAAAAAAAAACGUUUUGCCUCCAGUUAACUAGAAUCUUGAUUUUUUGGCUAUUUUUCGCUCUUGGACGUUGGAUAAUUGUUAAUUGUCAUAAGAAAUUUUAAAUUUUUGCUUAUUUUCUUUAGUUAAAACUUGUGGAGACAUCCCUAUGAAGUAUAAUUUAGUGCGGAAAUAGACAACUUUUCAACUAUCUAGCAAGCUAAAGCUAGCUGCUUAUCAUAAACCUUUUGAUUAUAAUAACUUUUACCACUGCUCAGUUUAUUAAGGCUACUGCAAGAAAAGGUGUUUUUUGUUCUCUAAUACAAUGUGCAUUCAGACUGGCUCCAGUCUGCACCUAGGCAUAACUCUUGGAAAAUGAAGGCCCUCAAAUGUAAGCUUGCUAGCUACAUUUGCUCUAGCUGAUCACUGGCAGCGACCCCAAGAUCCCAGUUCCCAAAAACUUGGGACGCUGUGUAAAAUGUAAAUAAGAAGAUAAUGCAAUAACUUGCAAAUCCAUUUGGACCUAUAUUAAAAACAGUACAAAAACAAGAAAUUUGAUGUUCAAACUGAUGAACUUUAUUGCUGUUUUGUAAAUAUAUACUCAAUCUGAAUUUGAUGCCUGCAACACAUUCCAAAAAAGUUAGAAUCGGGGCACGAUUAGCACUGUGUUACAUCACCCUUUCCUUCAACAACACUCAGUUUGGAGCGGAGGACACUAACUGAAGUUUUAGAAAUGAAAUCCUUUGUUCAGUUGCCCAGUAGUCCGAGGUCUACGUUGUUGUUGUGAAUGACUAAGCCUGUUGAGGAGGAUGCUUCUUUGAUACCCAGUAAUGAAUAUUGAAUAUCUUGUCUUUGUACUGUUUUCAUUUGAAUAUAGAUCAAAGCAGACUUGCAAUACUUGCAUUCUGUUCUUACUUACGUUUUUCAGAGCGUUCCAACUUUAGUGGGAUUAGGGCUGUAUGAGUUCUGUUGUGGUGACCUUUCGAAAACCAGCCGUGGUGAAAGUCACUAUAUUCUGUCAUGACAGUGUUCACUAGCUAGUUUAAAAGUAGUCUUCUUCUACCCUAAAUAAUAUAAUAUAGGGAUGUAUCCACAAUUAUUAACCAAGUUUAAUAAUCCAUGCAUGACAAACACGAAUUUUUAAAAUUUCUUGUGUUGAUUAUUUUCCUCCUUAACGUUAAGUAGUAAUAUGUACUCCACUCUUAAGUGCCCAGCAGCAAAUAUAGCCUAAAUAUCAAGAUUAACUGGAGACAAUUUUUUUUCCACUGUGUGUUGAUCAUAAACCAAAAAAUUUAGCAACAACUCAUUGCAGUCAUUUAAAAAAUAUAAAUGUUAUAGCACUUUUAUCCAGAAAAAUUGCUGCCUCUGCCAUUACAUACAAUUGUUCACAAGUCUUGCUGUCUCCAAUACAGCAGCUACGUUGAUGUAUUGCUGCAAUGGGCUGACACAGUCAAUGCAGCAUCUACGCAUAUGUGUCUAUGACCAAUCAAGCCUCGAAACCUCUGUCCUAAAGAUUUUUGUUGCAGCUCCUUCAGGAAUGUGUGCAGCCAAUAAUUGGGUAAGCAAGAGUAAGAAAUGAUGGCGCAAAAACCAGCAGGACAGAGGAUAUUUCAAAAUUGGGUUAGAAAACCCUGAAAUAGAGGUUUUCUCUAGACAUAGACCAUAAUGUGUUUAAAAUCUGUUGAUGGAAAGUAUGUCUUUUACAUUUCAUCUCGCCUGAUGUGAUGAAACGCACUGUAGUCGAGGGUUGACACAGAUAUACUUCCCAACUCUGGGCAUGUAGGUUAUAUAUAUAUCUGCGUAUGAAGCACUGGCUCGCUCUAAUUGGGGAGCGAGGUGACAGCCAACACAACUGCAAACUUUGCAAGUUUAGUUCGCCAUGUAUCUGUGUCAUAAGGUAGCCCACAUUGUCAAUUUACACUUUUUAAAAGAUACGACAAAUGCAGCUGCCGCGCUCCAACUCCAACACUCCCCGCGCUCGACGUGACUCCAGCUGCAGAUAAAAAGGCGAUUGUCUUGGACACUCACCCGAACUUGGGCCCCAUCUCAUCUCAUUUUCCUAUUAGAUCUAAACUGCUGCUCUCAAUUACACCUCUAUCUCUCCUCUCCUGGCAGCCCCAUGGGCCUACUGAUUCUGUCUGCAAUAACAGAUGCCAGAUUAGACUGUCUGAAUGAGGCCACAUCUUCCGCCUGCUGCCAAUUUGGGUUGGUCCCCAAAGAUUCCCCUAGCUGAGAAUUGUAUCAUAUCUAUGGCUGUUAAAAAUCUGUUUAUCCGUCUCUUUUUUUUUCCUCAUAGUUUGUGCAGUGAACUAGUGUGGAAAGUUGUGAGCUGUUUUUUUUGUAAUACAAAUUGGACAACAGAGACUCAGUAAUGAAGAUAUUUUUGUCGAUUUCUCCUUAAAACAGAACCAAGCUUUAUUUCAAAUGUCACACUUCAAGUCUGGCAGUGUAAGGACUUUCAGUUAGUGUAAAGGCUUGUGUGCGGCAAUACAUUUCAUCACUCAUGCUUACUCAAUAAAAUGAAAUGAUGCAAUUCUGAA